AUGAAAGUGCAAGCCAUUCUGAUCUAAUUUGUGAUUUUAGCAAAUGUUAUCAGCUCGAAUGAUAUCUUUGGCCAAGAGCAGGUCGGCUUCCUUAAAGAUAGAAGAAUGAGGAACCUUUAAGCUAAGAAGUCUUACUCAGUUGGCUUGACUAGGAACAGAGAUUCUUACACUGCUGACUUAUACGUUGGAUCUACCUAGUAGAAAUAAACAGUUUUUCUUGAUACAAGAGGACUGUGGACUACUAUAGAAUCUGUAGAUUGCUUUAAUUGUCCAGGAUUGAAGUACAACGAAACUAGAAGCACCACCUUCAAAGUUGCUAAUGACGAGAAUACAUUAUUAAACUAUUUAUCUUGUUCAUUCCUUGGAUAUACUGGAACAGAGAGAUUAUCUCUAGGUGAUAGAGCAUAUAUUGCUAAUGAUGUCCCAAUUUUCAUGGCUAGAGCUUAAAACAACUUGGCUAGCGUCUUUGAUGGAGUAUUAGGACUUGCACGUGAAAUUAACGUAAAUAACUCACACAGAUUCAUUACCAUUCUUCAAAAAGCAAAUGCUAUCCAAAGUCGCUCAUACUCUCUAUUUAUUCCAACUGGUUCAAGAACAGGAAACAUUGAUAUUGGUGACCCAGUUUAUACAAGAGUAAAAAGUGGUAUUAAUUUGAGUAACCUGACACUGAUAACUGGAACAACUGAUUGGGUUGUAAGAUCACAAAAAUUCAUUAUUGGGUACUCAAUAAAAUCCUACGAAAAUGACUAUGGUAGCUCAAAUGCUACCUUUGACCUAAAUUAGAGAUAUAUCGUUGUACCUCAAAAUUUCCAUAGAUAUUUUGUGAAUUUCUUGACAUUUAAUCAGAGAAAUGGAGUAGUAGCUGACAAGCCAAAUAUGUUCCCCUGUGAUCCAACCCUCUAUCCUACAGUCUUCUUGCAAUUAGGAAAUUUCUACUUUGAGAUCAGACCUGAGAGCUUUGUUAUCAAUGAAAAUGAUGGUAGUGGUCUUUGUGUUAUAGGCUUUGUAAGUGCUAAAACAAAUAGUUGGAUUCUUGGACAAGUCUUUCUCAACAACUAUUACACUUACUUUGAUGACUUAAAAGGCAUUAUUGGAAUUGCCCCUCACUCCUCAUCAAAAGCUACAAUCACUCCAAUCACUAUUUGA